AUGUCGACAAUAUUUCUUGAUACUGCUAUUCUUCUGCUUGUUGUGUCUUUGGCCACAGCUAGAAUGCCAGACACACAUAUAACAGUGUCGGGUAUCUCUUCAGGUGGUGCAAUGGCUACCCAAUUGCACAUUGGAUUCUCAAAAGAUAUCAAUGGGUGUGGUAUUUUGGCCGGUCCUCCCUUUUAUUGUGGCGGCAGUGGAAUGACAACAACUCUGUGCAUGACUGGCCCUGCCGCACUUAUUUCUGUUACAGUUCUAGAACAGAAGAUAAAAUACUACAGAUUACUUGACAAAAUUGAUGAUCCUGUGAAUCUCAAAGGUGAUCCUGUGUACGUUUUUUCUGGUAUAUAUGAUAAAGUAGCAUAUCCUGGUGUUGUCAAGCUAAACGAACAGCUCUAUUCACGAUUGGGAGCAACGGUUAAAACAAAUUUUAAUAUGCCAGCUCAUCAUGGUUUUCCAACGGAAAAUUUCGGUGCCGCAUGUAGUACAUUGAACAUGGCAAAUUAUAUCAACAAUUGUAACUUUAACUUAGCCUAUGACAUGUUAAAUCAUCUAUCUGGAGGCAACCUUACCAAACCAGUGAAUUCGAAAACUCCACUGGUCGGUCAAAUGCUCAUGUUCGAUCAAAAUGCAUUCAUGAAUUUUCCUUUAUCAUUGGCGGUCGAGGAAAAUGCUAAACUUUCUAUGUCAGAAUGGAUCAAGAAUAGUAUGUACUUAUAUACUCCUGAAGAUUGGGACUGGCCAACAUCCGGUCUUUUCAAUUUAACAAUGCCGAAAUCAUCAAAAUCUUUGAAAACGAAAACAAUAACAACACGUAGCGCCUUGUCUGGUUUCGAUGAUGAAGGCUUCAUAUAUUUUCCAUCAGCAUGCGCCAAUGGUGAAAAAUGUUCAAUCCAUGUAGCCCUACAUGGAUGUCAACAAGGAAAAUCAGUUGUUGGGGAUGUUUUUGCUACGAAGGCUGGCUAUUUAGAAGUGGCUGAACUGAACAAUAUCAUAAUGAUCUUUCCUCAAGUUGUUAAAUCACUCAUGCUUCCAACAAAUCCAAUGGGUUGCUGGGAUUGGUGGGGAUACAGCUCGAUCUACUAUGCCACUCAGGAUGCUCCACAAAUGUCGGGUGUCAAGAAUAUGAUCGAUACUGUCCGAAUGAUUAAGAAAGUUUUUGCUGCAACUAAUUAA